AGUGUCAUUUUUGGUGCUUUCCUCGCCGCACGAGUUGGCAUUCCCAUAGCUGUCUUUUAUUUGUGAGGUUCGUAUGUUCGUCUGCCGCCUCCGAAAAUUACAUAAUUUUUGCGUAAAUUGAUUUCGUUUAAUUCGACCCUCCACAGCUGCGAAUUCCACGACUACCAUGGCCGACAAAGCUGCUGCCGAGAAACCCGCUGGACGCCCCAUGCGCUACCCAUACACUUUCUCCGCGAAGAUAGCCCAAUUCCCCAUCAAGCACUACAUCAAGAACCAAUGGAUCUGGCGCUACUACUUCAUUGCGGCCGUGGCCUGCGUGCCCGUGUUCUACAAGAUCAGCAAGCUGGCCAACUCGCCCGAGAACAAGAAGGCAUGGGCCGAAUCGCAGGCCAAGGAGCACGCCGAGCACCACUAGGCGGCCAGUAACUUAGUCUUAAUUGUCGCAUCAACAUUUCAGAGCUGUUUGUGUCGGACCCAACGUGAAAUCGGCGAAUAAAUGAUUUGAAACGAGGUUAAACUUGAUUCUUAUUGGAGAGUGCACUGCAACAUCCAAAUACGGUCUUAUUAUGCGGCUAUGACACCACCUAUGAGUUGAGUUCGGUCACACUAAUGAUUUGUUAUAUGAAACACAAAUUAAGUUGCUUGUUACUAUUAAAAUUCAUAACUAGCAGCAUUUAAUUGGAUUUAUUAAAGAAUAGAUUAAAUUAUAUUCCACAACUGAUCGCGAUGAAUAUUCGUUUACCCAGAUAACUGCAUUUCGAAGGGUUAAUCGAGAAGCUAAGCAGGAAAAAUAUUCAAGUUCAAAUUUGUAUAAGUAGUUGGCGCAAGACAAAGCAUCACAGGGGUCUAAUUUUUGGUAGUGAGUUGGAAUUUCCCCAGAUUCGUAAAUAAAAUAAAAAUAAAAAAGUACUGAGAGCACUCAUUAAAAC